CUGGAGUUAUGAUGAAAUGCCAGGACUAUCAAGGGAAGUUGCAGUCCAUAAACUUGGAAUAGACAAAGAUAUAACUCCAAUAAAACAAGCCCCAAGGAGAAUGCGCCUUGAAAUUGAACAGCAAGUCAUCGCUGAAGUAAAGAAGUUGAUAAAUGCCAAAUUCAUACAAGAGAACAGUAUCCCACAUGGAUAGCUAAUGUUGUCCCAGUUAAAAAGAAAAACGGGCAGAUACGAGUCUGUGUCGAUUUCAGAGACUUGAAUAAAGCAUGUCCAAAAGAUGAAUUUCCACUACCAAUACCAGAAAUGAUGGUAGAUA